UAAGUUUUUUUUUCUUCUCACAUGCACGCAGAGAUCGGCGCUCGUUGUAUUCGUCUCUAUUUGGCCUGCCGCAGAGCCCUGGUAAUGUUAUCGUCGUCUUAACCAUGCCUUAUUUUUUAGUCCUACUUUUGUGCAACACUUAGCCUAUUAAUAAUUAAGCAGUGUACUUGUCUAAUACGUUAGUAUUAGAUGUAGGGGGGGGGGGGGGGCAUGAACGGCGAGCAGCUUGUGCACCUCUUUGGUUCCACAAAAGAGGGGUGCUUUCCUUGGGUCCGAUUCACCUCUGGUUCUGAGGGGAGCAGCCAGUAACAGGUAGACCUUGACAUUGACACCGACCGCCGGCGGCAGCAGCACCACCAACCCCACCAUCACCAUGGCGAGCGGUGACUGCAAGAAAGACUAUCGCAUGGAUGACAACCGCACGGACUCUGGCAUCGACUCGUACAGGUCCAUUUUGAAAGACGCGGAAGAGUCGUACGGGAAACUCGCGGGGGAUCCUGCUGAAGACAGCGAUGGUGCCGACAAGUUUUGCAGCAGCAUCAGCAGCACCGCGGACGAGCGGAUGGACUCAGCAUACGGCUCGUCGUCCCUGACGGUGGACAGUCUGUCGGAGAUCGUGGAGGACUGCAGCCUUUCUACCGCUGAAGAGACGCUCUCCAGCACGCCGACCGGCGGACUUAGCGAACAGGAGGAGAACUUUCUCACGAUCAUCACUGAAGACGGAGACACAAUAUUGCAUUUGGCCAUCAUCCAUGAGGACCAAUACUUCGCCCAUCAGUUGAUACAGUGGUUCCCCAAAGACGUCCUGGACAUCCAAAACAACCUGUACCAGACACCCCUGCACCUGGCCACCUACCUGAGCCUGCCCUCGGUGGUGCAGAGCCUGGUGGAGCAUGGGGCCAGCCUGGAGCUUCAGGACCGGGACGGCAACACGCCGCUGCACGUGGCCUGCCAGCACGGCUGGGUGGAAUGCGCCACCAGCAUGACCGGGGACAUCUCCCCCAGCAAGCUGGUCCCAGUGCUGGAGACGCAGAACUGGAAAGGUCUGACCUGUCUUCAUGUAGCGUCUCUGAACAGACACCUCCAAUUAGUGAAGCUGUUGAUGAAGAAAGGAGCGGACCUGAAUAUCCAGGAGGGUACCAGCGGGAAGACGGCACUCCACCUGGCCGUGGAGCAGCACGACCUGCUCCUGGUGGCCCUGCUGCUGAAGCAGAGCGCCGACGUGGACGUGGACGCCGCCAUGUUCAACGGCUGCACGCCGCUACACCUGGCGGUGGGCCGGCAGGAUGCCGCCGUUGCCAACCUGCUGUGCCAGGCCGACGCCGACAAGAUGGUGCGCAACACGGAGAACGAGACGCCGCUCGACCUCGCCGAUGGCAACGACGACAUCCUUGCUCUGUUCCCGUUCGAUGACAUCCAAAUCUCUGGGAGGUCAGUGGUCGCUAUGAAGUUCUGAGUUUCCUAUGGGAUGCUGAGAAUGGAGCGAUUGAGCAGCCCUCUUGGAUGUACCUAGAAGCCUGCUGUAUCUGGAACCCACUGGAGUACAAACAGUACUCCCACUCGGGUGGUCAAACUGUUGGUCUGUUUGUAAUAUAUUUCCCAUCUUUAUUGUUAUUUAUCAGAUUUUGAGGCACAUUUCUGGAUUCUUACAUAAGGUACUAAAGCUAAAUGUUUUAUUUAUCUUUUUCUUAUUAUUAUUAUCUUACAAAAUAACCUGUGGAGUGUGUGUGUGGUGGAUGGCUGGUUGAAGCAGCCUCACCUGGCCCGAGUUGGACUGGUUAGCCUGAGUUGGCGCUGAGUGGGGCUUCUGACCUCUGUGUGUGGAGUAAUCAAAGGGACACAUUAGCAACCAGCCAUCCCCACACACUCUUUCGAAUCCUAAAUAAUUUGGCAAAUUUCUCUAGAAAAUAUUCGGCAAGCAAAGGCAACUCCUCAAGAGCUUAAAAUAGUAAUGCAAAGGUUCUUAAUAAAAUUGUAAUGAUAACGACUUUUGCUGAUACUCGGAUACAUAAAAAACGUUAGGUGUUGGUGAACAUAUCAUUCAUUGUAAUGGCUUUUACCCUUGUAGCUCAAUUUAGCCUUUUUUUUGCGAUGGAGCUAUAAUGAAAUAUAAUCAGAAGUUGGGGAAAAAAAAAUGUUGUUAUGUCCCAUUUCUUGAAAGAAUUGUGUGCAGAAAUGAAACAUUAAAUUAUACAUAGUAAAACACGUAUUGCUUCUUAUUUUUUAGUGCAUUAGGAAACCUUAUAUAAAAUGGUAGUCUGGGAUCGGGUGGCUUUUUAGUUUUAUGAAACGCCUCUCCCUUUCACCAAUUGUGAGUGGCGUUGUAGGCACAUAAGCCACCCAUAGCUGUUGUGAUGUAUGGAGCCUGUCGGGCCUUAAAUCCCUCUCUGAUUUGAAGUAAAACUGCCUGGAUGUGGGAAUGACAACUGAUCCGCCUGCUGAUUCAGAAAUGCUUGCAAACUUGACAUUUUAUUUUGUAUGAAAAUGAUUAAAUUAUUCUUGGACAUUG